AUGUUGAUAGUUGAUGGUUUAUAAAAAUGGUAAAAAUUCUCUAAUUCAGUUGUUAAAAAAUUAGAAGAAGCAUAAACAAACUUAAAUUUGUAACUUGAAGCCUUUAAGAAUAUAUACGUCUUUUAAGAAAAAUAAGAAUAAAAAUGUUUAAUUUGGAAUUUAAAGAGUUGCACAUUUCUAUUGGUGUAAGUUGAUAUCGUUAAGACUAAGAACAAGGAAGUAAGAUAUUUAAAGGAUGGUGAGAUAAUGAGAAUGUAUGUAUUUAAUUAUAACUUAUUAGUGAUUAAAUAAAAAACGCUUCUGCUAAACCUGAAGUUCUUACUAAUUUAGAAUAAAUAAAGUAUUUAUAAUGGUAGGGAAAUUAUGGAUUGAAUAAUCAUAAAAUAGGGUAAUGGAAAAUUCUUUGGGAUUGUAAAAUUUUGGAUGGUGUUGGAGGAGAGUAUAGAGAAGGGGAAAAGUAAGGGUAAUGGAAGGAACCUAUAAAAAAUUAUUGGAGGUAAAACCAAAAUUAUUUCUGAAAAUAGUUUAUCCUAGGUGUAUGAAAUUGGUUAAUAUGACAAAGAUAAAAAUAAGGGAAGUUGGAAGUUAAUAGAAAAUGAUAAUAAGAUGUAUUUGAUAUAAUUAUGUAAACGUUAAGUGGUGGUGGAUAAUACAAUUGCUUUGGUUAGAAAGAAGGAAAAUGGAUCGAUAUAUAUGAGAAUUUUUUUAAUUAUGCUAAAGUCACUUGUGUUGGGAAUUAUGAUAAGAAUGGUAUGAAAAUUGGUAAAUGGGAUAUUUUGUAUUGUAAUGACAUCUAGAAAGAAUAUAAAUAAAUGUAAAUAAAAUAUUAGUAUAGAUAAAAUAGUGGUGGUGGAUAAAAUGAUUAAGAAGGAAAUUAAAAAAAAAUUGGAAAGUGGGUGGAAUUGGAUGAGAAGUUUAGAUAUUAUAAAUAAGUCAUUAAUUGUGGAGAAUACAAUUUAAAUGGUAUGAAAAUCGGUCUAUGGGAUAUCAUGUAUUGCAAAGACAAAUAGAAGCUAUAUAGAUAAAUGUAAAUAUUUCACUUGCAUAUCAGCGGCGGUGGAUGUUACGGUUCAGGAGAUAAUUCAAAAAAAAUUGGAAAAUGGGUUGAAUUUAGUUUUUGGAAAUAACCCACUUACAAUGGUGAAUAUAAUUUUCAAGGUAUGAAGAUUGGUAGAUGGGAUAUUAUGUAUUUUAUCUAAGGAAAGAAGGAAUAUAAAUUAAUGUAAUUAUUAUCUAAUUAUAAGGUAUAAGUGGUGAAGACAAUAUGAUUUAAAAGGAUUAGAGAAAGAUUGGAAAAUGAAUUGAAUUGGAUGAAGAGUUUAAGGAUAUUUUUUAAGUCAUUUUUCAUGGUGAAUAUAAUUUGAAAGGUGCAAAGAUUGGUAUCUGGAUGAAGAUGGAUAUACAAAAAAAUAACUCAGUUUUUGAAGAGAAAUUUGCUGAUUGAAAAGUAUAAAUAGUAUUAAUUUGCAUAAAUUAAUAUCAAGAUUUUAAACAUAUAGAUGGAUUAUUUUAGAAGAAAAGAAGAA